UACGGAUUUUCUCAGGUUCCUACCCCCCGCUCUCUCUCUCUCUCUCUCUCAACUCGAGUCCAGCGACUCUCAGUUUCUCUCGGCCAUGGCGACGGCUCUCAACCCCUCUCUUCGAUCAAUCCUCUUCUUCAUCCUCUCGAUCUCAGUUCUACUCCCCAUCUCUCUCGCCUACAGGCCUGGAGACAUCAUCCCCAUGAGCAAAGCCGGCCAAUACCACGGAUCGAGAACGGUCUGGAACGAUGUGAUCGGCCGCCACUGCCCGAUCUUUGCGGUUAAUCGCGAGGUAUUGAUUCCGAUUGAGAAGCCGACUGGGUUCACGGGAGCUGAUCCUUAUAAAUUAUCAUUUCAAGUUGGCCAUGAGAAAUUUUUUAUUCCAUGGCUUCUUCUUAUCAACCGCAAGAGUAGUGAAGUUCCAAUGAUUGAUGUGCAUUUGAGGUACAGUGGAAAUGAUUUACAUGGUGUCACAGCUAAAGUUGUGGAUAUGCCUCACCAUUAUAUUGAGGUUCAUCCAGACAUACGCAAGAACUUCUGGAAUCCGGAGCAUUGGCCAAAGUAUGUGCUUGUCAGAUACACAUGGUAAGUACAUUCCUCUUUANAUGUUGCUGGAGGAUUUUAUGUAUUGUUUGGAUCAGGCCUCGCCCUCUCCUUUGUUCUUGCAAUAUACGUAUUGCAAUCAUCUCAAGACAAACUAGCAAGGUUUGUGAGAGAGACUGUUGUAGAUAGCAAUAUCCCUGGUGGAGCAGUGGCAAAGGUUGAAUGACAUUUUCUUGGGGACCCAAGAAAUUACUCGUGGAUGUCAACACAUGAACUAGAGAUCGAGACAAUGAUGGAUUCUCUGAUCUCUCGAGGAUCAGUUUUUAUAGAGAAGAAGACAUUUCCUCUCAGGCAUCAAGAUUUUAACUUCCUGUGUAAUUUUAGAUGUCCAGAGACUUUACCAAAUUCCUUGUCUACUCAUAACAACAAACAUGCUGCUAACGUUAUAUAGUUUGUGAUACUCUUACCAUCAAUUGGUUGAUGUAAUUCUAAGAGAAGUGUAGUUGUUUGCGCUGAUCAAUUAUGGGGAAUCGAAGGAGCUUUCAUAGCAAACGCCUGUUUUGAGUUCUUGUAUGGCUGCUUUAUCUGUUAUAUUAUCAAUUAAUUUCAUUAUGUUGU